GGUGUCAUUUUCCGAUGUAUACUUUCUCGGGAAACCAGACCCAGUUUACCUUUCCGUGCCCUUUCUCUGAUUCCUUAUUCUCCUUUCUUUCAUUUUCCUUCUGUUCAACUCAACUCCCUUUGAACAAGACUUGGAAGAGUAAUCUGUUUGUAUCCUUCAUCCCGUUUUGAGUCUUGAAAUUAAGGAAAUGGCCUAGCUAGUUCCAGUCUCUCUCUUUCCUGUUUCCAUGUCCCUUGGUUUCCAUCCUUGUGUAAGAGAGAAUUGAUCCGAUGAGUUAAAAUGCCUUCCCAAGAGAUUUCGAUCAAACCCUCUUCCUACCCAAGUCCCGAUCUCUCUCUGCACAUCAGCCCUCCGGACGGUAACCCAACUUCCGGCCUAUCCAGCCGCCGCCGGCGGGAAUCCCACAGCAGCGACGCCGGCGGGUCCCAUGCUUACACUGACUUGUCUCUAGCACACCCUUAUCUUCAUUAUCGCCUACCGGCUACCCACCUAAACGGCGGAGUUUCAAGGCCGUCCGGUGAGCCGGACGGCUUGACGCCGAUAAAGGGUAUUCCGGUGUAUCACAACCUUACGUUUCCUGUUUUCCAUCAAAUAAUAUCUUCUUCUUCUUCUUCUUCCUGUUCCUCUGGUUCAUCUGUUUCUUCCUCGCCUUUCCAGUUGCACUAUCGUAACUAUAAUCAGUUUGAGAUGGUAAGAUCGAGGUUUAUGCCGGCCAAGCUGCCGGCGAAACGGAGUGCAAGGGCGCCGAGGAUGCGCUGGACGAGCACCCUUCAUGCCCGAUUUGUUCAUGCUGUUGAGCUUCUUGGCGGCCAUGAAAGGGCUACUCCAAAGUCGGUUCUUGAGCUCAUGGAUGUCAAAGAUCUCACACUUGCUCAUGUCAAGAGCCAUUUACAGAUGUAUCGAACUGUCAAAACCACUGACAAAGCUGCAGCUUUCUCAGGCCAAUCAGACGGGUCUGGAGAAGAAGAUAUCUCUACAAUGGGCAACACAGGUGAACAUAGCAAACCUUGUAGGUUUAUUGACCAAAGGGCUCCAUCUGAUGGGACUUUGCAACAAGAAAUAGACUUCCCUUGUACUAAACUUUGGAGCAAGUCUUCAAGCGGUAGAGAGGAUUGGCUGCAAACCAAAUUCAACAGCAUCGAUGGCCUAGCUUCAUCAACCUCUCCAUCGCACCAAAGAUCAGGACACCAAAGAGAGGAAGGUGAUUUGAGUUGUGUGAAUAGGCAUUUAGGUCGUGAUUUGGAUCUGAAGAAACCAAGCUUAGAGUUCACAUUAGGCAGACCAGGUUGGCAAGACAAAGAGCAAAACAGCUGAUAUUUCAGCUAAUUAAAUGUGUUCUUUUUCUUUCAAUUGUAAUUCUGCAUUCGAUUGGCUCACUGUCGCCUUGCAAGUACACAAGGGAUAUAUAUAUAUAGAUAUUAAGAGGGAUUGCUGAGGAUAUGAAAGAACAACCGAAGCAAUAGCUCUUCCAAUUGAAAUCCAUGCAUUUGUAGGUUGUAAGGUCUAGCUUCUGUAAUAGACGCUUUGUUUUUCCAUGCCUUUUCAUCUUCUAUCAUCUCCAUGCAUGGUUCCUGAUGUUGGUAGACUGUUAAGCCCACUUUGAUGCCUAUUUCUCGACCUCUCUUUGUGGAUGUAAUGCCCUGUGGACUCGUGCCCAUGAUUUGUGUAGAAGUGACAUCACUCACAUAUAUGAUAUGAUUUGUGUACUUUA